AAUAAUAUUAAUGCGAGUAAGAAAGAAGAAUUCAAAGUUGAAAAUCCAAUGAGGAAAAGGGCAGUGCUGAUAGGCUGCAAUUACCCGGGCACCAAGGCGGAGCUGAAGGGCUGCAUUAACGAUGUGCGGCGGAUGCAUCGCUGCCUGCUCGACCGAUACGGUUUUCCGGAGGAGAAUAUCGUUGUGCUCAUCGAUACAGAGGGUAGUGCUGACGCGCAGCCCACCGGCAAGAACAUACGCGCCGCCCUCUCCGAUCUGGCAGCCUCCUCACAGCCCGGUGACGUCCUCUUCGUGCACUACAGCGGCCACGGCACCCGCCUCCCGGCCGAGAACGACAAAGACGACGACACCGGCUUUGAUGAGUGCAUUGUCCCCACUGACAUGAAUCUCAUUACUGAUGAUGACUUCAGAGAGGUGGUGAACAAAGUGGCCGAGGGAAGCCGGAUCACCAUCGUCUCCGACUCCUGCCACAGCGGAGGCCUAAUCGACGAGUCCAAGGAGCAGAUUGGCGAGAGCACGGGCCGGAACAGAAGGAAACAACAACAACAACAACACAAGCAAAAAUGCUCAGGACUCAAAAGCUUCCUGUGCACGGAAGUCCAGCAAGAACUGGAGCACGUCACGAGCAAAUCUCUGCCGCUGUCGACAUUCAUCGAGAUACUGAAGCAGAAGACGGGGAAGCACGACAUCGACGCAGGCAAGCUGAGGCCGACCUUGUUCGACAUAUUCGGCAACGAGGCCACCCCGAAGAUCACCAAGUUCAUGAACGCGGUGAGGAGCAAGUUUGGAGGUGGUGGUGGUGGCGGUAUCACAGAUGGCGGGAUUCUCAUCAGCGGAUGCCAGUCCGAUGAGACGUCGGCGGAUACCAGCCCCGAGGGGGACAGCACGCGAGCUUACGGCGUGCUGAGCAAUGCGAUUCAGGUGAUAAUUGCGGAGACGGAGGGGAGAGUGAGCAACCGGAAGCUGGUGGUUAGGGCGAGGAAGAUGUUGAAGCGGCAGGGCUUCACGCAGCACCCUGGCCUUUACUGCACUGAUCAAAAUCUUAAUGCUCGUUUUAUUUGCUGAUCUUUUACGAAUCAAUUCAUUCAUUUCAAAUUGUUAAUUGUUUGUUUCAUAAUUUUUGUAUUUAGUUUGCUCUAUCUUAGGUUUAAACUUUAUUUUCAUUUUUCGCUCUUAUCGCGUCUAAUCCUUUGCAUACCUCAACCAUACUUUUACGAUCCUCGACUGGUACCCUAGGGGACCCGUUUUCUCUUCUUUGUGAUUUCUCCCACGCGAUUCUUAGGCUCGUCAUACAAGUUGUAAGGAUCCUACAUCUACUUAAUAUUGAAACAUGCAAAAAGACUUAUUUUUGGCUCA